CUGCUCCAAAAAACAAAACCACCAUUUUACUCCUCUCUCUCUCUCUCUCUCUCUCUCUCUCUCUCUCUCUCUCUUCGCUGGCUUCUGCAAUUCGAAAAUUCGCAUCUCGCUGACGCUCCUCGCGAAUCACUUCUCCAAAAUCUCCAGCUCUAUCUCCCUUUGCGAUCUAUCUGGGUUUGUGGACGAUUUCAUCUCUAUCUGCAGCACCGAUCGUUAGGGGGGUUUAGGGUCUUGCAUCGAGGCGAUUUUAAGCUCCGGCGAGGCAUAAUCAUCGUCUUUUCUCUUUUGGGGGGGGCUAAAUACGAGCUCAAGCUCUCCGGGAAUGAUUCCGAUGUAUAAUUACUGCGUGCCGAGCAGUAGCACGAGCAUGACUGCUUCCUCUGGAUUCCAUCUUACUGUAAAUUCUCCGGUUGGACUCAAACAUGAAGCUGCUUUAGCUGUCGAUUGGUCUCUUGAAGAGCAGUAUACAUUGGAGAAAGGUCUUGCAAAGUUUAAAGAUGAACCACAGGUUACUAAGUAUGUAAAGAUCGCAUCAACUCUACCAGAUAAAAGUGUACGGGAUGUAGCUAUGAGGUGUAAAUGGAUGACGCAAAAACGAAGAAAAGGAGAAGAACAUAGUGCCACGAAUGUUAAUUAUAGAAAGGUGGUGGAUUUACCCCCAAAACUGAACAUGUUCUCCACCGUGCCACAACAAAAUGCUACAUAUGUCAUGAACCCUAUGUGCCAGAGUGCACGCGUGCCUUUUGAAGGUGCAAGUGAUGCAGUUAUGGAGCUUCUACGGCAGAAUGCUCAAGCUUUUAGUCAAAUUUCUUCAAACCUUUCUGCGUUCAAGCCACAGGAUAACAUCAGUCUGUUUUAUCUUGCAAGAAAUAACAUCAGUUCCAUCUUGAAUGACAUGAAGCAGAUGCCUGGUAUCAGCAGCCGAAUGUCACCACUGCCUGUUUCAAUCAACAAUGAUCUUGUUAGCAUGUUAAUGACGAGUACACGACGGCCGAGCUCUUAUAUCAUUCCUUCGAGUAUCCAUCUGAAGCAGGAACCAAGAAACUGAUGGGGGAGGUGGGGUGGGAGAGAUUUGGUUUUGACCAAUGCUAAAGGAAAUAAGCACAAAAAACUGGUGAAAUGGCAGUUGUUAGAUGUGACCUGGACUUAAAGAAGAUGGUUUAUCACCUGCGGAUAACACAAGAUUGAACGAAUAUUAUCUGGUAGAACCAUUUGUGCUGUCGGCUAAUUUUUGCGUGGAAAGGGUUAACAGCUGGUUAACCAAAACACCUUUCCAAGAUAUGAAUUCGUUGCACAUAUCCGUCGUAGAGCUGGUUGUAUAGAUCAGCCGUUUGUGUAAGGUUUUAGAUGAGAGUUAUUUACGUUUGUAUUAAGAACACAUCUUUGUAAGUUUUUGGUCUUCAAUCUUUAUAAGCAUCUCA